GGUGUUUUAUGACCAUCUAUACCCACCAAGACGAGAGUAUAUCCUGAAAUCCCACGGUGCUGUGAAUAAGGUUGCGCCGAUUUGAACCCCUUGCAGCGGUGAAGCGCGGACCGGCGACCCCCGCAUCUGCAACGCCCAAUAUGCUCAGAUCAGGCGACAAACCUCAGCUCCGCCAAAUGCCACAUAUGAGUUGAUAUUCCAUUUCAGUUACAUCGAUUGAGAAACCAGCAGCUUCGAAGACGAUCAAUGCCUCGCAAAAGAAACAAGAAUGAUGGUCCCGCCUUGACUCGCUCCCGCAAUGGCUGCCAAACCUGCCGCGAUCGCCAUGUCAAAUGCGACGAAACUCGGCCGAUUUGCUUACAAUGUCAGACGAAGAAACUGGAGUGCAAGAUCUUGAGAGUGCAGUUGAGAUGGGAAGAGGAGAUGGUGGAGAAGGGUUUGACCUUUGGGCGGGAAGGUGUUUGGACAAAGAGUAAGAGUGGUAGAAGGGUGCGUGUGCCGACGAGAGUUACGGACAGCGAGAUGAGAGGUACAGGUGUACGAUACGCCGACUACUACUUUAUCAACAACACCGUCCAUGACUUCACCGAGAUCUCCAGUGCGAUAGUCUGCGAUGAAGACGACAACGGAUCAACCUUUGGCAGCAUCGCAUCAUUGGCCUCGAGGAUGACGGGAGCUUUCGAUCCCGCAGCUCUUCCCGUACUCCUUGCCCACGCCGGCUUUUCUUUACCUUCAGUCUCCGGCGAUGGCCAGUUCUCCCCAUCGCCACUGUCACCUUUGCUUCAGGGCCAAAACGUACCAGCUCUCUCGCCUCUCCUGCACCCAAUUCAGUUUAACCAUACCUUCUCUCAGACCGACUCCCACCUACUCAACUACUACAUCUCAUCACUGUGCCCGCUUACGUCGCUUACGUCGUCAUCGCCCUUCCAGACGUUGAUCAUACCGCUCGCCCUCUUCAGCGGAUCAAGUCACAUGAUGCAUAGUUUGUUAGGCUUAGCCGCGUCGCACCUGGCGAGGAUCGAAGGCGGAAACACUGGUUGGAAGGAGAAAGCAUUGAAGCACAAGGGACUGGCAGUGGCAGGUUUACGCAAACGGUUGAGCGAAGGCGGUGAGCAAGCGGUAGUGGAGGGUGAGUCAUUGGUUACGAUGAUGAUGAUGUGUCUAUCCGAGAUCGCUAGCGACUGCGACGAAAAAUGGGUAGUUCAUCUUCGCGGCGCCAAGCAAGUCAUCGCCCUUCGCCGUCAACUUCUUGCUGCACGCAGAAGGUCCUCGUCAACGCUGAUCACCAAUCUUGACUUUGACGACCCCGUCGUAGUUGAGGAAGGGAACCCGGUCAUCGACUUUGCGCAUAAGUUCUUCGCCUUUCAGGACGUUAUUGGGCGUACGGCGUGCGGGGAAGUCCCGUUGUUCACGAUGGAGCACUGGCGAAAACCUGGCGUGGAUAAUGCUGACGAUCUGACUACGAUUGAUCCAUGGAUGGGAUGUUCUCGUGAGCUAGUCAGCAUCUUAAGCGAGAUCACCGAGUUGACGAGGUGGAAAGCUCAGUCCUCCGCUACGCCCAACACAAUCGCACACCCUCUCCUCAGUCGCACCCAAGACCUCGAAUCGCGCCUCUCUACCCUGCACCAACAUCCUCCAACAUUCACAGCCCCGUCUGAAAUCCCUACCCUACUCCUCGCAGCAAAGCUCAAACGUCUUGCAGCCGUCGUGUUCCUCAAUUGUGCACUCCGCGAUGCCGCACCAUCUACCCCGCAAAUCCGACCGUAUAUCCACGAGAUCCUAUCCGGCGUGCAACUCCUCAUCGAACUUGGAACCUACGCGGGGUUAAUAUGGCCUGUGUUCGUGGCGGCCGUUGAGCUCGACCCGCUCGAGGACUUCUACUCUCCCACAAAGCCUUCAUCAAUAACCAUUAGUGACGGGCUUUCGGACAUAGGCGGCCGUCGCUUCGUCCUGAAAGUCUUCGCCGAAAUGGAACGCCACACCCUCGCCAACGUCGCCCGCGCCCGCGGUAUCGUAAAGAGAGUCUGGAAAGCAAGGGAUAUGGAGCUGGAUGAGACUGGCACGACCGCGGGGCGCAAUGCCGAGAGAAGGGGGAAUGAUUGGGAGAGGUUCGUCGCGCCGAUUAGUGGGAACAUAUCGCUGGCGUGAUUGUGGUUAUGGAAUGGAUGGUAAGGAG